GAUGGACAAGGUCACGCAAGUUGUCGUCUUCUCGUCGACGGCGAUUGCCCUCUAUGGCUACGAUCAAGACUAUCUCAGCACAAUGGGUCUUCCUGAGGAGAGUCCCAUCGUUGGUCUUAUCGUAGCUCUGUACUACUUGGGUACUGCCGUUGGAGCUGUCAUCUUCUCCUACCUGGCCGAUCGCUAUGGAAGAAAGCCUGCGCUGUUCGGAUGUCUCGCAAUGUCUUCUCUCGGAAACCUCAUCAUGUUCGUCGCUGGUCUGAAGUUCUCGAAGGGAGCUAUAAUUGUCAUGAUUGCUGGUAGAGUCGUGAUGGGACUGGGUGUAGGCGGUGUUGAUGCUGUGGUUCCUGUCUACAGCUCCGAGCUCUCCGAAGAUGAAGCCCGUGGUAAAGCACUUGCUCAAGAGUUCCAGUGGAACAUCUUUGGUCUAAAUUUAGCAUUUGCGAUCAAUCUUGGCUUGACUGUAGCUCUGGGCAAGUCUAACCAAUGGGCUUGGAGACUUCCCAUUAUCAUCAUGCAAGUCUAUCCUGUCCUCUUGAUGGCAUUCAUUGGCAUUCUUCCCGAGUCUCCGAGAUGGCUCAUCUCUCACGACCGCAAGGAUGAUGCCAAAGCAGCUCUUACUAGAAUAUAUGGAGAGGAUCAGGCCAAGGACACUCUAGACAAACUCAUCGAGUCUAACGACAACGAGUCUUCUAAAAAUGUCACUUACACCGACAUGCUUACUCCAGGACACGCUCAGUUCCAUCCCACAAUGGUUACCGUCAUGGGACAGAUCAAUCAGGCUCUCACAGGAUAUGGAGCCGUCUCGGUCUAUGGCCCGCAGAUCUUCGAGCUGCUUGGGUUCGAUACUCGUAUGUCUGAGUAUUUGACACAGGGCAACUACAUCUCUUACUUCAUUUUGAUGACAUUUGCAUGGCUUCUGGUUGAUGCCGUCGGCCGCCGCAAGGUACUGCUUGGUGGAUCUAUCGUCUUGACGGUCUGCUUCUUCUUGCUCACAUUGUUUGGUGGUUUGGCUUUCAACUCCGAUGAUCUGGGUAUUCCGGAUGUGGCUGUUGCUAUCCCUGGCAUUGUGGCUCUUUAUGUUGCUACUGGUGCAUUCGGUAUCGGUUGGCUUGCGACCAUCUGGAUCUUCCCAACCACUGCUCGCGCGCAAGGAACAGCCGUCAGUGUCGUCGUCUGGGGUUUGGCCAACUUUGCCGUCACUCUUCUGACACCUAUCCUCUUCAACAACCUUAACUACUGGCUCUUCCUCGUGUUCGGCUUCUCGAACAUGUUCGCUGGAAUCUGGACAUACUUCUACCAACCUGAGUCUGGUGGCCGUAGCUUCGAAGAAAACCAGAAGUUCUUCGAAGAGGCCAAGAAGUCCGGUACCUGGAGAGUCGGUGCUGUUCUGGACGGUGAAUUCAAAAAGAUGCCAUACCCCAGCUCGGACAAUGAUGACAGCGAGAACACGCCCUUGUUGAGGAGAGUCAGGGACCAAGUCUCGGCU